AUGCCAGAUAUAUUUCUCAGUGGCAGCAAGCUAACGUCACUCAAUAUUGCUCACAACCAGUUGGUGGGUAAACUUCCGAGAUCUUUGUCUAGUUGUUCUUCUUUGGAGGUUCUAAACGUGGAACACAACAGAAUCAACGAUACCUUUCCUUUCUGGUUGGAACCACUGCAAAAACUACAAGUCUUGCUCCUCCACUCUAAUGAGUUUCAUGGCUCGUUACAAUACCAUCCCAAGGUUGCUUCUCCGUUUCCUCAGUUGCGAAUCAUUGACAUAUCAUAUAAUUCCUUCUCUGGAACCUUACCAUCUGAUUUCUUCAUGUAUUGGAGCGCCAUGUCCUUGGAGGGGAAUCGUUAG